AUGCCGGACCCCAAGAUUGACGAAAUCUCCACCCUCUCAACACCUUCCUCGGUGCCGAUGUCUGUCCCUGACCUUCCCGAGGAUUUAUUCCUGCUGGUGUUGAAAGACCUAGCUGCAUGGGAUCUUGUUAGCUGCCAACGCGUAUCCAAAUCAUGGCGUGCCACAUGCACCAAACCUGAAUACAUCCGCCUCGUAUUGCAGCACCACCCACGGACUAAAGAAGUCCGGGAGCUGUCUCCAGGGGCGCUGCUUUUUCGCCCUCUGCCGGGCUGUGAUAUCGACUGGCAAAGUAUACUCCUCACUGUCGCCUCGCGCUACCUCAGUCUCACCAAAGGCACUGCCAGAAAGGUGUCUAGAUACCCUAUGGCCGCGCUGGAACAAUUAGGCGAUUGGUUCCCUGUUGGGCAAUGGGACUAUCAUGAAAGUCAGCCCGGAGGUCGGCUGUAUUACGAGACUGCCACCAUGCAUCUCAACAGGAUGGGCUCAAAACCGUUCUUGUUCAGGCCUACCUUAUGGUCAUACGACGACGGUCUCCUAGUAUAUGCACCUUCUCAGUGUAGCAAGGACGGACACAUUCGCUUCCCCCAAAUUCUGGCUCUGUUGGACAUAGCUACAGGCGAGAGAUGUCCCGUUCCGUUUGAUAUUCGCAGUAAGAUCAUUCGCAAUAUUCGGCUCAAGGAGCGGACAAUGAUCAUCGAAUGGGCCGAAAGGGAUCCCUUUCACAACCUCAACGCCAUGGAGCAGGUUAAUCGACACUUUGCAAGUUGCUUCGAUGUCCAUCGCGGAAAAGACCAGACUUCCUGGACCGUUGACUGGCGUUCUGAGUGGAAGAUGCACUUCCUUGGUCUGCCGCCCAACUACCACGACCGGUUCUUUUCAACUCACACUUCUGCUCACUACGCGGUCUACUUCUGGCAGCCCAAUCGAAGCAUGUACACCGGCGAUGAGGAGAUGCCAAUUGAAUCACUCUCUGUCUGGGAUAUCUCAACACCAUCGUCGUAUCAACCGUCUGCUGAUCCAUCAGGAAGGUCCCGGCCACCAGAGAAAGAGGGUCCACAUAUCGUCUCGAAGUUCUCGUUCACGGACAUGGAGUUUGUCGGUAUAAGGCAACACGCUAGUAUCGCGCUCAUGUCUCUUCACCUUGACUCUGAAUCUCUCUCGCUCACUGUGCGAGAAAAUAUUGCCGUGGCUGGACAGGGAUAUUUCGACCCUGCGGAGAGAUUAUGGUGUGCGAAAACCACCACCUUCCCUUUCCUUGGGCAGGGCCCUCGGCUAUACAGGGAGUGGGAUGGAGGACUCCCACCCUAUCGCGGCCAUUGUACUAUGGAGAGCGCCGACAUCGAGGACGGCGAAAAAUGGUUCCUACCGGUAAUGGAUGUCGUUGAUGCCGAGGCCGGCGUCAGACUGAGUCUGGUGGAAACAUGUAUCUCCGGAAUGAACGUGCAAAACCAAUUCGUGAUCAGGAUGAAGACGGAGACAGGAGGCAUUGUCAGAGGGCAGAAAGAAGAAGAUUGCGAGCUCGAAUGGGUUACGCUGGCAGGGGGGUUGACUAAAGAAGUAGCCGCAAUGGGACGGAUCGCCGGUGAUGAACGGUGGUUAAUCGGACAAAACGAACGAAUGGAGAUUGUGGUACUGAAAUUUUGA